GUCAGCGGGAGAGCGCAGGGAGCUCCGCGGCGGCCCCUGUCCCGCGCAUUCGGGUGCGCUUCCUGAGGGCAGCGCUGCAGGCCUCGCAGCUGCCGCACCGGCAGCUCCGACAAACGCUGAAAAAUGACCCGCCUUAAGUAUGACGAGCAAAAAGCACAAGGUAAUUCGGCUGGGGGCCACCCCUGUUAGCCUGAGCUUGCUCUCUAUCCAGGUUUAUGCUUCCUCUUCAGAGAAGGAGACUUCCAAAAAGGAGUUGCUGAAAAUUGAGGAGCUGUCGCUCUACUCCUCUCCAGCUCGUGAGACUAAAUAUGUGGAGGAUCCACAAACCCAAUUGGAAGAGGGGGUUUCACGUUUACGGCAUGUUAUGGAGCCAUACACAGCCUGGUGUCAGGAUCUUUAUGCCAAAGCUAUGCCCAAAUUAGAAAAAGCUGUUGAGCAUGGUAGAGAGGGAUGUGAAUUUCUCCAAAACCCCCCUGCUGGAUUUUAUCCAAGGCUUGGUGUGAUAGGUUUUGCUGGAAUUGUUGGAUUGUUUCUUGCUAGAGGCUCAAAAAUAAAGAAGUUAGUGUAUCCUGCAGGUCUCAUGGGUAUUGGCGCCUCCAUGUAUUACCCUCAGCAAGCGGUUGCUAUUGCAAAGGUUGCUGGUACACAGGUAUAUGACUGGAGUCUUCAGGGGUAUAUUGCUGUAGAAUCUCUUUGGAAGGACAAUCCUAAGAAGAAGAAAUCUGGGAAAAAAGGUGAUAAGGGUGAUGCAGAUGGUGACAAGCCCCUGGAAAUCCAUGCUGCUUCAAAUGAAGAGCGAACCCAGAAGUAGAACAUCAGAUCGCUUGGCAUCAGACAGGUGAACAAAAAAUAUAGACAUGAGCAACAAUUUCCCAAGAAAAAGAGGAAAACCAUCUGAAUCCAUUUUGAUUUUGAAUGUGACUGAUCUGCCUUCUGCCUCAGGAAAGACUGAUGGGUGUGCUGCUUGGGCUUCUGGUAUGGAAUCUGUGAAAGGACACUUUGUAUUUUGGGUCAGUCUUGAGACCUUGUCCUCAGUUCUGCGGUGGGACUCAAGUCUGCCCAUGCUUGUCCCAUUGCAGGAUCAGCAUUGCGAGUAGCAAGUCUCAAAAUUCCUCAGUCUCUUGUUAUUAUUUAUAUAUAAAAUAUAUAAAAUAAAAUUCCAAUUAUACAAAAUGGUCCUGUUUUUUUCCCUCCUCUUAUUUUCUUUAAACUCAGGUAUGUGACAUGUGCGCAGCCUGUGAAAGGUUCUCGAGAUGCUGUUGACAAUGCCUGUAUUUUUUAACAGCGAGAAAAAGCUGAAAGUAGCAUGAUGUUUUGGCUAACAUUAGCUAAUAGAAUUACGACUGAGAACAAUUACAAUGACUCUUGUGUUUUGUCUGAGUCUCCCCCUCCUUUCUAUACAAAUCUUCUGCCUCAUCGGUGCCAGCAGGAGGUAUAUAAUGAAGCAUCUGUGAGUUCCUGUCUAGUAGACGGAUGGGAAUGGAGCUGUUAAUGUUUGUUCUUGUUUUUGCUUGAAUGCACAGCUCAAUGGGAACCAGAACGUUAGGUUGGUGGGAACCAGCUAUAGAAUAACUGGGCUGUUUCCUUAUUCCCAGCCAGGGAAGGGGAGGAGAAAGUGAAGCAAAGGGAAAUACAAAAGGAUUUCCAGCAUUUUGAAAUCUUUGCACAAUAAACCCCUUUCAUCAUUUGUUGCCAUUUCCAUGAGACACUUUUUUGGGGCGUGAUGCUUCACAAGUUACUGUAAUCCAAGUAGCUCAGAGCAUUUAAAGCUCUAUUGGUGAGUCUUAAAUGUUCCUAAAUUAAUCAGUGAAUAUGAGGACUGGGGGAAGGAUGGAAUUAAGUGUGUGCUUGUAUGAUAUGUUAACUUUCUACAAAGAACAGGGAAGAAAAUAUGAAGUAGAUCAUAUUGAAAAUGCUUUUAAACAUCUUUGUUAUUACUUGGUUAGGUAUUCUGGCUGAGUAUAGUCCACAGAUUUUAGAGAAAAACAAACAGACCUUGCCAAUGUGAAUACCAGUCCGUGUGGGCAUAAUAAAACAGGCCAGCUCUUUUUUAAUACAGGCAUAAGGCAUGUGGUUGCCUCAGGCAGAAAAACAGUAUGUCCUAAUGUGCUUAGUGCAUGUUUUUAUGAUUGUUUUAGGCUGGUAAAGAUGGAUGUUGAUUUAGCAAAGGGAGCAGAGUUCUUGCGUGGGGUUUGGGGUGAGUGUGUGUUUUUGUUUUUUACUUUCAAUUCCCCAACAUAGUUCAAACAGGCUUGGGAGGAUCAAAGUAGUGUUUUUGUCAAUAGUGGAAAGGAAGAUUGGGAAAUAUCAGUCAUAACUGUAACUGCUCUGUUACACCACUCUUGCAAUACAAGCACACAUUUGUUUCUUCCCUUAAAGAUAGCCCUUCACUUACACACUCUCGUAUCCUAGAGAAAAUAAUUACCAUUGACUUAGGAAUACAGAUUUAGGUGCCUGUAUUUUUUUUUUUCAGUAGUAUUUAGCAUAUGCCACACUGGCAUUUAAGAACGUGAUUACUUGGUAAUUUAGAUAUUUCCCCCCCUAGACUCCACCAGGAUGUGCUUUCCUCCUUCUCCUUUUUGAUGCGGUUGUUAGCCUGCCUUUCUGCUGCCUCUGAGACCAAAGUGUAACUUUUCCCAUCCAGUCUGUUUUGUUAGCUAGUCCUCAUACAAACGCAACAGCUCCUAAGCUCCAUUUGUUUACACGUAUACGCGUGUGCGUGUUUAAAAAAUCCUGGGUUAAAUAAGUAUCACUUCCUUUAAAUGCUUUUUACUUGAUCAUAUCUUCAUACUGUACGUUUGCACCGCAGCUUAAAAACGUCCCAAACGAUAGACACCAAACCAGAAUGCUCUUAUCUAGCAGGAAACGACUGCCUUGGAGCACCUGCACACACACAUGACAAGGAGAUGGUUCCAAAAUGUGAGCCAAGUAGCCCUAAAUUAAAUCCUUUCCUUAUGUCUUCUGUUUUUCACAAGUACAGGAAAUAAGAAAAAAAAGUUUCAUGCUGGUAAGAGUGCGAGAGUUCGUAAACAUUCAACUCACUUGGCACAGACUUUCCUA